UAAGCAUUGGUUUGGCCGGUGUAGCAAAAGAGAUAACCGACUGUGAUUGGUGCCACUACUUGUUAAAGAAUCAUUCUCUUGAAAUUGGUUGACCUUUCAUUGUUUGCGUAGAUUUAUCAUUACCCAGUACUUACCUUGUCUGCGGAAUGCUACCCUAAAGUAUUCCAAAGAUGGCAACUGAUGAGCACGGACUCAACCUGAAGAGGGAUGUUGGAAUCAUUGGGGCGGUGUCUUUCAUCGCGGGGACUAUGAUGGGUUCCGGUAUCUUCAUAUCACCCCAGUAUGUGAUCUAUACCAUUGGCAGUCCAGGAGCCAGUCUCAUUAUAUGGGCCUCGUGUGGCUUGAUAGCCAUGCUGGGGGGCCUCUGCUAUGCUGAGCUGGGAACGGUCAUCCCAGAGUCUGGCGGAGAAUAUAUCUACAUGCUGAGGACGGCAGGGAGGGUGGUGGCUUUCAUGUUUGUCUUCAGCUUUAUCACUGUCAUGAGACCAGCUAGCGCCACGGGAAUUGCACUCAGCUUUGCCGAAUAUGCCGUGGCUCCUUUUUAUGCUGGUUGCUCCCCUCCGCAGCUGGUGGUAAAGUGCGUGGCUGCCGUCGCUAUCAUUGUUCUGGCUGUGGUGAACUGUCAAAGCGCCCGCCUGGCCACCGCCAUCCAAGUGGUCUCCAUGUUCGUCAAAGUGCUGGCACUGGCAGUGAUAAUAGUGGGAGGAAUGGUUAUUCUCGUUGACAAAGGCACCGAGAACUUUGAGAACGCCUUUGAAGGAACCAAUUUUCGUGUCAGGUCCUUUGGCAUUGCUUUUUAUCAGGGCUUGUGGUCCUUUGACGGAUGGAACACUUUAAAUUAUUUGACUGAGGAGCUCAAACAUCCAGAAGUAAAUCUUCCGAGAGCAGUAAUCAUUGCCAUUUCGCUGGUGACUGGAUUGUAUCUUUUGGUGAAUGUCAGCUACCUGACUGUGAUGACGCCAAAAGAGCUAAUUUCUUCAAGUGCAGUGGCGGUCACUUGGGGGAACAAGGUGUUAGGAUCCUGGGGAUGGAUCAUGUCAAUAGCUGCAGCUUUGUCAGCCUUUGGCUCACUAAACGGGACAUUCUUCAGCGGCGGUCGAGUGUGCUUUGUUGCUGCACGUGAAGGACACAUGCCGGAUAUUCUGUCUAUGGCUCAUGUACACAGACUGACUCCAUCUCCAGCACUCAUUUUCACCACUAUAGUCUCCUUGCUGGUGCUCAUUCCCGGAGACUUUCAGAGUAUCGUCAACUUCUUCAGUUUCACUGCCUGGUUCUUCUAUGCCAUCACGCUGUCUGGGCUCCUCUACCUCAAGAUUAAGAAGCCUGAGCUCCCAAGGCCAUACAGGGUUCCCAUUAUCCUGCCUAUACUGGUAGUCAUCGCAGCAGUAUUCCUUGUGCUGGCGCCCAUCAUUGACAAUCCUCAGAUCGAAUACCUUUACGUGACUUUAUUUAUCUUCAGUGGGGCCAUCAUCUAUGUACCCUUCAUUCAUUACAAGCUAUGCCCAGGCUUGUUAACCAAGAUGACCAUAUUCCUGCAGCUGUUUUUACAGGUCGCCCCAGCAGAGAAAAACCUGUGAUGUGACAUAUAUAUUUUUUUUAAUUUGUUGGUUUUCCAGCUGUUUCCUGUACAUUAACGAUGUUUACAUUGUUUUAGCAGAUGAUUCAGUAUUUCAUGAUUUUAUCCUAAAACACGUUUGUAUAUUUUGUAGGAGUCAUUUAUGUUCAAAAGAGAAGUUACAAACUUCAUUACUUACAAAGCACCUUGUGCUAGAUUUUUACAUUCCAUAUGCUACAUGCAGCACUUUGAAUAA